GACAAACGUUACCAACAUGGAGCAAACGCCGGCGAACUCGAGCUCAGAUGACAAGAAGGAACUCUCUCGGUUUCAGCCUACUGCGGCGGAGAAGCAGCAGGUCGUGAUGUUGUCUUUGUUUUACCUCUGCGUAUUCCUCUGCAUUGGUGUCCCACUUUGGUUGAAAACCACAGCGACAUAUCAGGCUCCUCUGCCGUUUUGGGAAAUCAAAGCCCUGUGUUCGUCGCCCAUUCACAUUUCUGUGCCCGUGAGCAUCGUUAGUUUCUCCGACCAGCUAACUGCGAGUGAUUUGACGAUCAUCCAGUCGGACCUUACCGCAUCUUCGGAUCCAAAGGUUAGAUGUGGAUUCGAACCAGCUGGUUCAAAAAAAUUAGCGCUCCGAUGCUCCAUCACUGUUCGAUCCGCAAGCGAUGCGGAAUUGAAGCUUUACACAAAACUCACUAAAGAACCGCUCAUAUUGGAUGAUUUUCUUGCUGAAAUGGCGAACAUGUUGCUUCAAGAAUCCUGCCUCUCCAACGAUGUUCAGUGCAUCCAAUCUCCGUACGCUAUCAUCGUACUCCCAACCGGCAUCCAAGAUCUUUUCCCAGUGGACGAUUCCUCUGUGCGGUGGAGGAUUCGGCCUUCUGCCUCGCUUACAGUAGUAUUUUUAGUCGCCCCAAGUGGCAAUGCUCGACAAGCGCUUACUACAGAGAUUGCAUCGUUGAUGAAUACCAUCCUUUUACCUAUAACGGAACUUCAGAUGCUUGUUAAUUCCUCCACCAGUUCUCCGAUGCACAUUGAUCAGAGAAAGAUUGACAGAGCCGUUAUCAAGUCCCGUUUAACGACCUCCAAGAAUCAGAAUUAUCUUCCACCUUCAACCGAAUACGACGUAAUGGUGACUAUUCUACCUCACUCCGGCGAUUUACCUCGCGACACGAAUCAGACGACUGGUACAUGGAGUCAUCAGAUUCUGUCAGACCCCACGGUUUGGUUGGAGACCCACGUGCAAAGCGUCUUCUCCUCUUGGUUGCCAUAUGUGAUAUUCCGGUUCAGUUCCCAACGACUCCAUGCGGUGGAUAUCGAAAAGUUGGAGACCAGUCGCAUGGCGAAAAAUCGAACUUUCAAAUACUAUACAGCAAACGACUUGUCUACGCUGGUCAAUCAGCUCGAGUCCUACUUGGGUGCCCCACAAACAGCCUCCGCAGCCACGCGAGAUAUGGCAGGUACAAAACCGGGGCUACACUUGAUCAUGCUCCUGGCACAAGACAAGGAAGCGACACCGCUGCGAUUUUAUUUACCUUCCAAUCCGCAUGGCGAGGCUGUCCUCACCGAUGUUGCUGUGGUGCCUCAGUGGGGUGGGCUUUUUUCCAUCGACGCAAACGUGGAACAGCCUGCUGUUCGAGUGGGACGGCAAUUGGCUGCUGUUAUACGCUUGAUAGCCGGACUACCGGAGCCACCAGCCCAUAUCCAAACUCAUCUUAGCCCAAAACGUGGCCCAGGCGAUGCAUGGGGUGCCGUGGAUCGUUGGGAGAUGGACAGCUGGUUUUUACGCCGCACCGCAGAAAGCCUGCUCUCUAUCCGUAUGACAAUGACAGCAUUGGUUGACUUAUUGUCACGAUUUCCGAACAUGGUUAUCAACGACUACGUGGCAGAUGAGGUUGCCCGCUCCGUCCGAAUGUGGGGUCAAACGCUGGACCAGCUGCGUACCGUUGUGACCGGUUAAAUGUCACUGACUUUGGGCAAUUGUUCACCCAAGCAGAAGACGCCCUUGGAGCAAUCAACAGUGCAUUCUUUGAUUACACUCUGCUCGGACGACUGUACUUUGAGGAGGACCAGAAGUACGGUAUCUACGUCCCACUGUUUGUCCCCAUCGGCGUCAGUCUUCUCGUGUCCGUCAAGAACGUGUUCCGCGCAAUCUUCCUCGGGAGCCUGCUCGCUAAUGAAUGUAAAUCCUUGAUCCCGGCUGUGAUGAACUUGUCAAACUUUCUCUUACGAAACUUGAAACUCGCAUGUUAUGUAAUAUUUGUCAUCUUAUGCGUCCACCAGUUACCGUGAUGUCAUUGGACUCAGUUUUCGUUUGACUUGGUGACUACAUUAUGACUGAAACCUGAAUAAAUGUUUUCUUCCU